CGCUGACUGCUAGCAGUGGGACAUAUCCCCUGGUCUCAGCCAUCUCCAUAGCUGUAGCUUAAGGUUUGUAAAAGCUGGUAGGGUGCAGUAAAGUAAGGGUUAACGCUGGCGGUGUUGCAUAACACACUCAGAUGGUGGUAUUUAUGUCAGGCUGGUGAAGCAGGGAAACAGGUUCUUUCCCAGGGAUUUUUCCCAUCUAUAAGGAAAAGUCACCAUCUCGUGAAGCGUGAGUGGAAGAGCACAAGGUACAAAAGAACGCUACACACACUAGGCACACACGCACACCGCUUUUCUGGGCUGUGUAUCAUCAAUCUGAAAGCUCGCUAAGAAGAAGACGCCUCUCAUAAGGACUCUCCCUCCUGAAGUGUGUUGUGACUCAAACAGAAUGGGGCAAUUUCAGGAAUACAAGGUUAAGAAGUCAUUUGGAAAGGACAGCCCUAGGAGCCGCAUCCCCCGCCUUAUGCUUCAACCCAUUCGUCCUAAGGAUUUGCAGAUUUCUGAAUUUCCAAUAUCUGAGGAUGAAAGCAAAGACUGUGACAUGAGCAGAAAACAGAACAGAACCAUCAGUCCUAACAGCUUCUCAUCAGAUGACACUGGAUGUCCGAGCAGUCAGUGUCCAUCUCCUGCUAAAAUCAGAUCUGGCUCAGACAACAGCUCUCUGGGGUCACCUGUACCAGUGAAGAGCAAGAGCAAGGUCAAGAGGGUCAGAGUCAAUGUAGUGGCUGAGUGUAAUGGCAUUAAACAGAAGCACAAGAAAGAGCAACAACAGACUUCUUUUCUGCACAAGGGCAGUGAGGCUGACUUCAGCUCCUCCAGCAGCACUGGAAGCUUCAAAAGCCGUGGAACUAUGGCUAACAGCUCCACUGGGAAAAAGGGCUGCCUUUCACACAGUCGCCUGCCGCACAUCAGAAGCCAGCCUGUGUUUAAGCCUCCAGGAAGCCCAACUGGUCCUCGUGAUGCAGAACUAUAUGCCCCCUACACAACACCACCCAAAAAGACACAUUCAUCACGCAUCAGAAACAAUUCUAGCCCCACUGCCAGAAAAACCACUCCAGGGAGCUACCAUUCAUGUGGUGACAAUCAUGGCAUCAGACCUCCCAAUCCAGAGCAAUACCUGACCCCUCUACAGCAAAAAGAGGUGACAAUCCGACACCUGAGGACCAAGCUCGGGGAUGCUGAGCAAACCAUUUCUGAUCGGGAGUCUGAAAUUCAGGAGUUGAAGUCUCAGCUGGACCGAAUGCGUGAGGACUGGAUCGAGGAAGAGUGUCACCGUGUGGAGGCACAACUGUCUCUCAAGGAAGCACGCAAGGAGAUCAAACAGCUACGGCAAGUAGUUGAAACCAUGAAGAACAGUCUGAUGGAGAAGGAUAAAGGCAUUCAGAAGUAUUUCAUUGAUAUCAACAUCCAGAACAGGAAGCUGGAAUCCUUACUGCAUAGCAUGGAACUGGCGCAAAGUGGUGCCAACCUGCAUGACGAGCCCACGCUGGACUUCAUCUGUGACUCUCCAGAAAAGCCCUCUGAAGGGAAGCAGAAAGAAGAGCUGCAUGUUGAGGCUCAGGCAGAGGAAGAGAUGGCAGACAGUGGGCUGCUUGUUAGCGAAGAGACAGCCAACCAGAUGGACACGCUAGAACAGGUUCUCAUGUCUACAGCUGUGGACUGCAGCCAUGAUUGUAGUGCCAAACUCAUGAGCCAGCCAGGACUGUCCACUCUGAUUCAGAGUGCUGCUGAAGACACUAUGAAGAGCUCAAAAGAUCAAAUCUACAGUCAAACCACAGCUGAUGAGCAACAUGCUUCAAGUGAAAAGGCAGUCCAAACAGAUGAGUCUCUCUCUAACCCUGAUCUUCAAACCCUGCUUUUACAUCUUCUGAAUCUUCAAAGCACUGGGCUGUCUUCAAAUGUUCUCCAAAAGUUACCCAAAGCACAGGAAUCCAACCUACAACAAGGGGAGGAACUGAUCAAAAACAAAUUGCCUCAAGCCCAGAAUCCCAAUCUGAUUGAAGGGAUGGAUCACAUUCCAUAUAAUCCUACACUUUCUACAAUGUUAAUUCCACAGGACCCUGGAGGUUCAACCCAAAGUUCAGAACCCGAUGUGGCCCCAGGGUUCAUGGAAGAGCUGGACUUUGGUAUGAAGAAUACUUGCAACGGUGGUGAUAAAACUGUGGUGGAGAAAAGCCACUGGAGCAACGGUUUCUUGGUUGAUCUUGUUGCUGUGGCAGCACCCGUUCUUCCUACAGUGUCCUGGUUGUACUCUCAGCACAGUGCAGUUGAUGGGGCACCAGAGUACAACAUUUCAGCUUUAAUCCGUGGCUGUUGCAUUAUGGGAUUGCACUCUCUUCGCCUUGUCACCUAUGGGCCGCAUGUGUAAUGGUCUUUCACAUUUAGGCACAGCUAACAAGAGCACUUAAUGGAUUUAAAAUAGGUUUGUGUGUUGGUACUUUAUUUUCAGUUCUGCCACUUUGCACUGUGUAUAGUUGCCAUAAAUGUCUGAAAAAUUAACUUGUAGAUUUUUGUCUUGUUUAUUUCUCACGAAUUGUACUGUAUUGCUCAUUGCCCUGAUGUGUGAUCAUCUAGGUAGGUGAUCAUGUUAUUGUGCUGCCAGCUAGUCCAUUUCUUGUGUGUAGAAAUGGUAUUGACGGUUGGUGAUCUUGUUUCCAAAGGAGUAGCCCUGCAGCCAAAGCUUGUUCAGUUUUUUUUUGUGAAUUAAUCUCCAGGAAUGGAGUGUUUUUACAUGUUUCUUUUUGUGACCAUGCUGACUCCCUAAACAGUCAAUGCUACAGUACAUAUGACCCUUUUGUGCCUGAGCAAUGUGCAAUAUUUAUUUGUAUUAGACAUGUUAAAUAUAUAUUUAUUUAUCAUUAAAGCAUGAUUACCCCA